UCAAUUUGUUCGUUCAAUUCAAUUAUUCUUAAACUUCAUAUAUUUUUUUUUUCUUUGACAAUAUUUUCAAUAUUCGCGCUACAUAUAAUUGUGUUUGAAAUAUAUGCCGACACAAUAUGGCCGACAAUAUCAGUUUUCCAAAAUCAUCAUCAUCCGAUGAUAAUCAAGCUCAGCCAUCUGAACCGUUACCACGAACCGAUCUUCAUAUAUCUGAUUCAGAAUUAGAAACAAAUCUUCAACAGAUUCGUGAAAAUAAUGACAUUAUAUGGCGUGAUUGGUUUUUCAAUAAAAUUGAAAAAAUUCUCGACAUUUCCAAUGGGAAUAAUUCAAUUGGUCAACAACAACAACAACAACAACAAUCAUCACAACAACAGCCUACAAUUAAAAAUGUUACCGUAAUAUUCGGUCAAGCCGGUAGUGGCAAAACAUUUCUUAUACAAUUGCUCAGUCAAACAAAACGUUUUCAAAGUCGUGUUUUGAUGUCAUUCUAUUGUAAAUUCACCUCAUCCACACCAAAUGAUUUCAUUGAUUGUUUUGAUCAACAGAUUCAGCAGAUAUUUAGCCAUGUUCAAAAAUCCUCAUCAUUAGCUACAUCACGUAUUAUCGAUACAAACAACAUUGCUAAUCAUAGUGUUAAUUUUCGUGAAAAUUUACUUAAAUUAUUGAAUAGUUUUUCAAAAGAUUUGACUAUUGUAAAUAAGUAUCAAUUACAAUCGAAACGUUAUCUAUUAUUAAUCGAUUCGAUUGAUCUACGUCCAGAUAUUUGUGAUUUAGUUGCUAGCAAUUUACAUUCAUUACCUAAUUGGCUACAUGUAAUCAUAACGGCAAGACCAAAACGUUAUCGUGGCAUAACGAAAAUGUUUUCUGGUGCACGUAAAAUUGUCAUUGAUGAUAUUAAAAAAUCCAAUGUCUAUAAUGAUAUAAUGGGUUAUCUUUGUAAACAUCAAACGAAAAUACAAGCAACAACUACAUCAGCAACUACCUCAAACGAAUCAUCACAAUCAUCAUCAUCGAAACAUUUGUUGAAUAGAAUUGUUCAUAAAAGUAAUGGAUCGAUUUUAUAUGUGAAAAUAUUGCUCGAUUGUUUUGAAAGAAAAAUUUUCGACAUUCAACAAUUAGAUUUCGUUGGUGCCACUUUAAAUGGUCUUUAUUUAGCUUUAUUCACCAACAUUUUUAACAAUAAUCCUAAAUGGGAAACAGAAUUCAAAACAAUAUUCUCAUCGAUAGAUCGAAUUAAUUCAUUUAAAGUAUCCGUCGCUGAUCUACUCACAAAACUUCAAUGUUCAGAAGAAACAUUGAAUCAAAUAUUGAAUGUUUUAUUUGUUCAUCAUUUGAUUCUAUAUACCGAUAAUGAUCAAUCGAUCAAAUUAAUACAUGGUAGUCUAUUUGAAUGGCUAAGCGAUAUUAAACAUUGCACGGCAAGAUUCAUUUGUCGAUCAUAUUUUCCAGAUACGGAACAAUCACAUUUAUUAAUGAUGAAUCUUAGUGAACAAGUUGCAAAAAAUCGACAACUAGCAUUGGCCAUCAGUAAUAAAUAUAUACAGGAUAAUGAUGAUUCAAUCAAUGAUAUAUCCGAUGAUAUGUUAUAUGAAAGAGAUCGUUCAGAUUCACAAAUGGGAACAACCAGUGGACAAGCACAAGUAUCGACAAAUUCAAAUAAUAAACUAUUUGAACUUCAAACAAUAGGCAUUUAUGCCGAAGCCAAUUACAGUCAUAUUGAUAAAUUCAAUAAUAAUAAUAAUAAUAAUAAAAAUUUAACAAAAACUAAUUCCAUUGAACAAGAAGAUCUUGGUAAUAAUAAUAAAAAAUAUAAUGGAAAAUUGUCAUUGAAAUUUGAUUCAACAUUGGUACCGAAUGAUUCACAACAACAUCAUCAUCAUCAUCAUCAUCAUAGUAGUUCAUUUAUUAAUUCCACAAAUCUGGUUGAAAGUACUACAUCGAAUUCAUUGAAGGAUUGUAAAUCCAAACCAUAUCUACCAAUGACCAUCGAUGAUGAUUGUCUUGUCGACAGUGAUGGUGAUGAACAACAAAAUCCAUUAGUCGAUGAUCAAGAUUUAAGUAAAACAGAAAUAUCCAAAGAAUAUCUAAACAAAUUAUAUCAGAAAUUUGAGCAAGCACUACAUUUAUGCGAUCUAAAAGCAUUACGUAGCAUUUUAAGCCGUUAUGGUAAUGUUAUAAUCAAUCAAAAUUUCAUUAAUGGUAAAACACCAAUGUAUUGGGCGAUCAAAAAAGGCAAUAUGAAAUUGGUUGAAUUGUUUCUUGAAUUUAAUGCCGAUGUCAAUGCUGUCUGUGAUCCGCAAUGGGGAUAUUCAUCAUUAAUAUUGGCAUUGAUGCAACAUUCGUUCGACAUGUGUGAAUUAUUAUUGGAAAAUGAUGCCGAUGUUGAACUAUUGGAUCGAUAUUCAAUGCCACCAAUUUUACAUGCCAUUCUUGUUAAUUGUUCACCGGAAAUUAUCAAAUUACUAUUGUAUUGGGGAUCGCAUACAGAUUUUAUUGAUGAAACUGGUCGAUCUUUGUUACAUUUUGCUGCUAAUGAACCGAAAACCUGGGGACAAACAAUAAGUUUAUUGCUUACUGUUGGUUGCGAUGAAAUGCAUCGAGACAAUAAUGGUCAAACUGCAUUACAUAUGGCCGCUGCUAAUGGUUCGCUUGAAACUGUUGAAGUUCUUGUAGAGUUUGGUGGCGAUAAAUUAAUUCAUACACAAGAUAAAUCCGGAAAACUUGCCAUACAUGAAGCAGUUGCUAAGAAUAAUUUUGAAGUAUGCGAACCAUUAAUUACCAAAUCAAUAAAUUUUGCUGCUCAUAGUGGUAAUUCACCGUUGAGAAUUGCAAUCUUAUCUUACUACCUCGAUUUGGCUCAAUUAUUGAUCCUUAAAGGUGCCGAUGUUAAUUAUAAAGAUGCUGAUGGACGAUCAAUCAUCUAUUGUGUUGUUGCAUUUACACAUAGCACAUUGGAACAAAAAGGGCCACCAUUUUUCAAUCUUGCUGCAUUGUACAAAAAUGGACCAGAAGAAUAUCUGGAAACAGCGGUUAAGACAAUUGAAUUUUUAGCUCGAUUUGGUAUUGAUUUGGAAAUUAAAGAUCUCGAAGGCCGAACAGCUUUACAUGUGGCAGCCUGGCAAGGAACAUAUGCAAUAGUUGAUUGUUUAAUUAAACUUGGAACGAAUAUCGAUGCCAUCGAUGCUGAAGGUAGAACACCAUUACAUAUGUGUGCCUGGAAUGGUCAUAUUGAAGUGUUACGAUUGUUAAUUGAAUCCGGUGCCAUGGUCAAUCCAAUAUCAUCGACUCAAGGUGCAUCACCAUUACUAGUGGCAGCUCAACAAGGUCAUUAUGAAACCUGUGCAUAUCUUUUACAGGCUGGUUCGGAUAUUUCACAUCGAGAUUUUUAUGGCCGAAAUGCCAAAGAUGUUGCAUUGAAUUGUGGUCACAAAGAAAUUGUACAAUUAAUCGAUUCAUUUGUUGUUACAACAGUCAGUAGUGUUGGUAGUUUGGAACAUAAUCAAUCAAAUAAUGAUUUACCAAUGAAUCAUUCAAACGAUCAUGAUGUAAUGGCCAUAAAAUAUUCAAAAUAUGAUGCCAGAUUUUAUGGUAUAAAUCAAUCAAUCAAUAAUAGCAAUAAUCAAAAUUUGGAUAAUAAUAAUGGUAUAAUGGCAACAACGAUGGUAGCAAUAAAUAAUACAAAUAGUGUUCCAAACAAUCAUAAUAUCAACAAUAAUAAUAAUAAUAAUAAAAAGGAAUAAUUGUUGGAUCAAGAAAAAGUAAAAAAACCAGAUCCAUAAGUAAAUUGACCAAAAUGUUGCAUUAAUUUUCUAUCAUUCAUUUUAUUCAUUUAUUCAUUUUUGCAUUUUUAUAUUUAAAAAAAAAGUACAAAAAGAUUCGAUCACGACUGAUUAUAAUCACAUUUUUGUUCGAAUUCUUUGUUUUAAUUUGAUUUUUUUUUGUUUGUUUUUUUGAUUAUAUACACAACCACAAUCUCAUCCAUCCACCCACGCACACAAACAUACACACACAACAAACACAAUUACAUCUGAUUAUCAUAUACAUACUUUUCAUGGAUUAAUUUGGAAAUAAUUAAAUGAAAUGAUUUUUUUUUUU